GCACCCAUUGAUGACUCUAUAUAUGUAGUGAAAUAUUAUCACAGCUUUUGCAGUUGGUGAGUCACUGGCUAUAUGGCUAAUUAAGCUUAGGCAAGUGUUUUGUACUUAUAUUACAUGUAAGCAUAUGCAUGGAUUGUGAUUCUUCAUAUAAUAGGCAAUGAGAAAAGACUCGGUCUCUCUACAGUUUACUUGUUCUUGUGUUUUAUAUCUUUAAUUUUCUUUACUCCUGUUUGAGGAAAAGCUUGCAUGGAGAGUGAGGCAACGAGGAAGAGGAAGAUUGAGAAUGUUCAAGAACAAGAGAGAGAGAAAGAAGAGACAGAGUUGGAAGAAGAUGAUGAAGAGAAGAUGGAGAAGUUCUUUGCUUUGAUAAGAAGCUCAAGAGAUCUUAUGAGAAGAGGCAAUAAUGGAUCCAAAGAGAAAGAAAAGAAGAAACCUCAAGCAGCUGCUGCUUGGAAUCCAUCAUUCCAACCAGAAGAUUUUAUACAAGAUAUUGUUAAGGAUAGUAAGGGAGUUGCUGGUCCUUCCAAGACUGCAGAAGAUGAAAAAAAAAAACAGAAGAAAGAAGAGGAAGGAGGAAACAAUGAAUUAGACCUUAAUCUUUCUUUGUAGGGAUGCCUAGAUGGCUUCUUUUCCAAUUUGCAGGUAGAAAAUAAAUGCCCAAAAUAAAUGUUAAUAUUAGUAUUAUUAUUAAUGGAUUGACCAUUUUGCCAGUUA